UCGCCAUUUUGUGUUCGCACUCGAGAAAGGAAAUAUUCUCGCUGCUGUUAUUGACUGUCUAGGAACUGAUGGUCACUGGUUCCCUUCUUUAACCAGCCUUCCCGUAUCACAGAUGCUAGCUGGUAACCAGAAUGGAAUGGCAUAAGAAGUAGCCCUGCCUGGUAACCAUGGAGAUCAUUGUGGCCGUUGCCAUAGGGAUAUUGUGCUUCCUCUUUGUUGCCUCUCUGGGUGUACUGGUGGUUAUCUGUCGUCAUCGCUACUGCCGUAUAUUGGAUUUGACUCUCAAAGAAAAAGUCAACCAUGGCUCCAGGACGAGCACCGUGACCCUGGUGAGUCAUGCCGAGCUACCCAAUGAGGACUUUGAGGUGGAGCUGAAUGACGUCUGCUGGCACAACGCCCAUCUGGAGGAGCUCCUGGAUGACGACGCCAAAUGGGUCGAUGACGCCAGCGGUCUGAUACCACACUGCAUUGGGAUCCUGAAAACGUGUCAUCACUUGACCGAGAAGCUGGUUGCCAUGACAAUGGGCAACCCCAUGUCCGUCAAGACCCCAGAGAGCCUCAGCGAGAUUGUCACUGUGGCCAAGAGGAUAAGUCCGAGAGUGGAUGAUGUGGUGCGGUCCAUGUACCCUCCUCUGGAUCCUAAACUCAUCGAAGCCAGGUCAGCCGCCCUGCUGCUGUCGGUCAACCACCUGGUGCUGGUCACCAAGCAGGCCUGCCGCCUGCCGCCUACAGUCCAGUGGAUCGACAGCUCCCUGGGGGAGAUGGAGGAACACCUGCAGGCCAUGCGGGAGAUCGCCCUGGCCGGGGAGAUGGACUCCGGUGCCGGCUCCCUCUCCUCGGGCACCGAGGGCUCCCACCAUCCCAUGCUGGGGGAGGAGUUCCGCUCCUCGUUCAAGGGCCAGCUGUCGGCGCCCAAGUCCGGUCCCCCCGUGUGACGGUCAUUUCGUCUCGUUCCCCACCCCCCCCACUCUUUUUACAAACCAGCCUACCAGACUGGCGUACAGGGGGGAGGGGCAAACCUUGCUCUUGAUUGAACUUUUGAGAGCAUUGAGAGCAUGAAAUGUUAGGCGUGCGACUUUUCCUUCAACCAUCUGAUUCAUGGGUGAGAUUUCUCAGCAAUUUUAGCUGAUUUCAGCGUUUUCUGUGUUUUGGAUUUCAGCUUUUUUUCCUCACAGGUUAUGUACAAAAGCAUGGGAGAUUUUUCGCAGUUCAGCCUUUUUUCAGCUGUUUUCAGCUAUUUUUAUCAUUGGUCAAUCUCAUCCCUGUUGUUCUCCCUAUUUUUUUUUCUUCCCUCGUAUGCCGUUAAAGCUCGAAAAAACACUGCACAGAGCCUAGUGCAUCAUUUAAUUUCCUUUUUUUUCUGUGUUUGAUUUCCUUACCUGAUAUGUGACGAACCUUUUAUUAACCCCGUUGUGUUUACUCCCCCAACCCUUUUGAAUUUUGCUGCACAACUUCUGGUCACGGAGGUCGCACACAUGUUGCUUGAAGGCUUCCCAUGAGUUCUCCACAGAACAUGCUCUGCCUCUCGUAAACCCUUCACAGACUUUGUGUGGUAAAUUCAGAGCCAGCACGUGGACCCUCUGCCCCCCCCUCCUGUAUCACUGCAUUCCAUUUGGCCCUUCGGAACCCCACACCGACAACUCGUAUUGCACAAGGGCAGAUCUUGGAGGAGGGGCCAACAGGAGCCAUGCUCCCUCCCCCAACCAAAGUGAGCCGCCCAUUUUUUUUCUUCUUCACACAGACAGAAAGGGAAACUCUGUGGGUGUAUUUUUAAUAGACAAAUGAAAUUGCGGAAAAGUGUAUUGUGCAGGCCUCGAAUUCACGUUGUCCGCGCUGUGUUUUGGCUUUUGGCAAGUGUGAUAUUUCAGCAGAACAUUCAGAUUAAUGUCAGGAAACUCGGCGUUGAAUCUCCAGGCAGCUGGCAUCUCUUGGGAAAUUAGAAAGGUUCGGAAGUGACGGAUAGUAGACUCGAAAAUAACUACAGUUAUUGGGUAUUUGUGGCUACUACUCCAACAUCGCAGUGUGGUAGAGUGCCAACAUCGCAGUGUGGUUUCAGGUCUACAUGUGACUACCGCUGCUUUUGUCAACUCUAAAAAGAAUUUUAAACCUGAGAUAUUUAAUCAUCUCAUAUCUUUCUCAGUUUUCUUCUUCCUUUCCUUCCCCUUGGAGUUCCAGUGCUCUUGUCCCAACUUGUCUACGUUCUGUGGAAGCGUGUUGCAUAGCAAAGAAAGGCUUGUGCCGUGUUUUCAAGUGGAUAAAAUAACUCCCGAAUGCCUCACUUUUUCUGUCGUUGUCUCCUGCAGCUUCAUCUCUCAUGUCAAUACGGCCAUUUCACAAUAGUGCGCCACCAAGAGUUUGCAACACGGCCAAUCACAACCCGCUAAAUUUGUCGACCCUUUCCAAACGCGCGUUAGGUCGACAAAUUUCGUACAUUGUGAUUGGCCAACGCGUUGCAAACUCUGGGUGGCGUACUAUCGAGAAACGGCCGUAUUCUUAAAAAAAAAAUUUAUCAAGGAGCUAGUUCUAUAGGUUAACAACAUGUGGAUGUUUGUUCUCGGCAGUUGUACAUAGCAGUCGCAGUAAUAUGCUUUGAAAUAAAUUUUAUGUCACAAUUUUUAGAGAUAGACAGAUAUUAUUAACGUGCAUACAUGAUAUAAAUAAUACUUUAACAAUACAUUUCAUCCUUUUGUUUUCCUUUGAAAUUUGAAAAAAAACUCCUUUAAAGGGAUUUAUCUUGAUAACCUACAAAUGUGUUUUUCUUUACGCUCCUGUAUAUACUUUAAUGCUGUUACAUAUCAGACGAUUGGUCUAGUACGAUAGGUUUUAUAAUUUUGUAAAAAGAGCUGAAUUUCUAGGCUUUUCAGUGUUCUUAUAGAUUUCCCCUUAUUUAGGGAGGGGCGACUGACGGGUUUUUCUUGCUGUCUUCGGUUUGCGCGUCUGAAGUUCGCAAGUUGCAAAAAUUCGACAGGUUAUGAAGUGAUACAGAGAAACCUUCUCAGGGUCUGCCAGCUUUGAAACUGUUCAAAGGCCCUCAGACGUUUCCCCUUAUAAUCUGUUUAUCCAUCAAAAAAAAUGUGAAGCGAAGGAGUUUUUAAUUCUCCAUUUUCUCCACAAGCCAUUUAAGUGCUGUUAUUUAAGUUACCCUACUUAUCCUCCAUGUAGCAGUUAAGAGCUGAACUUUUUUUAUAUGUACGUGUAGUUUGUGGCGUACAGCUAAGUACCUCGGCAAACUGUGGCCAGGGGACAAUUACGUAUAUGCUGCUGUGAAGUAGAGCAAAAUGCUUAGCAAGUUUCUUUUUUGGCUAAGCACGGACCACUAAGAACCGGUCACAGUGACAAAAUUAUGCAACCAUUUUUAGGGAUUAUCCUUCUCCUCUAAAUUAAAAGUAUGCUCUCGGCUUCGGUCAAAUUUGUGCACGGGCCCAAAUUUUUGGAUUUCCCAACCAAGUACACGCACCCGUAUUAAGAAAAAUUUCGAGUGAUGGAAAGCGUUACAGCUGGAUUUCCUGAGCAGAAUAUUUGAAGGCGAGCAGAUUAUUUCCAAGUUAUGAUUUGCCAAAAAGUUUCUCAUGUUAUUCUCUGUUCAUGAACUAAGCAAGUUCGUUAUACCAAAACAUUUGACCUUGUUUUGAAACCGGAAUCCCUUUUUUUCAUCUCAUUCUAUUGUUCCAACUGAUAGCAUCAGAAUGGGUGCUUAUUUGCCCCUUACACCCAAAACAUUCAGAAACUUUAUCAACAUCCACACGAAACAAUUUAAACUAUUCCCCGAGACACACUUUGGUUGGCUGUUCAACCUUCAUAUUGUGUCCAAAUACCUUCACAUUUAUGCUAACUUUUGUUAUAGAACAUUAAUUUGAAUUAUAGAAUGUUGGUUGUACAUAAUGUGUAAUGUAUAUUUUUUAUCACCCAUGUCCCUGACGUGGGUUACAGAAGAGAGACUGAAAUCGUUGGAUUUAUAUGGAUCUAAUAGUGUGACUGUUAAGAUGUAGAAAAAUAUGUGUGAGGAAUUUUGACUCCUGCUUGGAAUCAUGUGGGCUAAAUUAGUGUGAAAAGAAUUUGUUUUCAUCAUCACAGAAUCCUUUUACGGUCCUGAACUCUUUUCAGUAUGCAUCCAUUUCCUAACCAAUAGAUGAGCCAUGAUCUCUUUAAAGAAAACAUUGUGCCUUUUUACUAAUUAACUGAAAAGAUUAAUCAAAAUAUAACAUCAGGUACCAUUAUUAAUUAUUAUUUUGUGCCUUCUGCAGAGAAUUUAGCAAAGAUAUACGGACCUCGUUUUCGUACCUUGUUCAUAAUCGUGGUUAGUACAAACUCGCUACGUACCUGCGGGCGCAUACAAUAAAAGAUAUCCAUCGAGUCGAAAUGCGCCGAAGUCAUGAUUACGCUCUUAAAAUUGUUUUGGUCACGACCAGCCAAGAAAGAAUCAAACAAAAUCAUGUGUAAUGACGGAGUUCAAUAUCAUGCAUUUUAUGGACUCUUUGGGUAUUUACACUAGACGCCAUCUUGGUGAACCUUAUAUGAAAUAUCGCCACAGUUGAUUUUGGAUACAAUGCGCAUUGCACACUUGGGCACACUUCAGUGAUUUGAUUCACAUUGUACAUGUAUAUGGUAUAAAACCCGACGUUGUGCGAGUGUUUCGCUGUUGACCCAAAAGACCAGUAGUUUCGGCUUCAUUCAUUAGAUACUAUUCACACUUCUCAAAGUCUGUGUUGAUUAAUCCAUCGAACCCCCCCUUAUACUUUUGGGCCAACCUGGGGAUCGGUGUAGUUUGGCAAUAUGUAAAUUUUGAUAUAAAGUAAGCGCAAAUUUCUAUUCGCCACAUCGACAGUCGUUAAGGCAAUCGUUUUUUGACUAUUAAAUUGAAAUUAAAAUUUUGACUAUUGAAUAGUUCUUUAAUUUUGAAUGUACAUGCAUACGUCAGAUAAUUUGUAGAACAGAGAGGAAUAAAUUUUAUAUCAUUAUUUCGUGAAUUCAU